AUGAAGCUGCUGGCACUUCUUGCACCGCUGGCACUUGCCGCUACCAUCCCAGCUGAGUCGAAAGAAGACUGGCCCGCCAAGCUUGAAGUCCGGGCCAAGCUGAGGGGAUGGACAAGGCUUGAUGUAACCAUUGAGAACAAAAGCCCAAAGGCUUUCAAUAUCCUCAAGGCUGGGAGCAUUCUUGAUGAGAACCGUCUAGAAUCAAUGCGUCUUCUCGGACCAAACUGUGAGGUGACUUUUUUGGACCGCGGGUCUCCAGAUACCAAAACGGCAAGAGAGGAGUCCGAGUUCCUACUCAUGCCCGCCCAUGGGAGCCUCAAUACUACCAUCGACCUGCUCGACGUUCGUAAUGCGUAUAGGUUCUGCGGAAAGAACAUAUCCUUUCUCUCCGGGUCAGCUACUCUUCACGCUGCCGAGCUUGGGAACAACACGCUCGCCCGAAAGUUCCCAUACGAAUUCGACAACAUCCUUGUCUACCAUGAAUUCUUCCCCCCGCUGCCGGAAGCCUUCGAGGAGAGGGUCCACAAGUGCUCCCCCGAUUACAUGAAAGUGCUCAAGGAAGGCAUCAAGAAUUGCGCGUCCCACGCCACGGCCGCGCGGGAGGCCGCCCUGACCGGUUCGGCCGAGCGCAUGGAGGCCUACUUCAAGGACUCGAGCCAGGAGACCAGGAACUCGGUCGCCGACACCUUCUCCAAGGUUGCUGAGAUGUGCGACUUCAAGAAUCCUCGGAUCUACAUCACUUGCAACCACGAGUGGUGCAACCACGCCAUGGCCGCCAUGAUGCCCCGUUCGGACCCUGGACACAUGUUGUUCUGCAGGAGAGCCUAUUUCCAGCCUACGCUUCCGGACCUCAACGAGAUUUCCUCGGUCACUCACACCAUCGUUCACGAGAUGACCCAUUUAGCUUUCGUCAAGGCCACCAAGGAUAUCAAGUAUGGUCUGUAUGAUUCGACCAAGCUCGACAAGGAUAGCAGCCUGAACAAUGCUGACAGCUACGCCCUCUUCUCCGAUUCGGUCUUCCUCAAGGAGGACGGGCUGAAUCAAACAAGGGCCGACGCUGAGCGGGAGAGGAUUAAGAAUGGUUACUACGACCCCCAACAGCUGGGGAACAUAACCAGGGACGAGUUCCUGAGCCUUGCACCGGACGUUCGAGCAGAGCGAUUCGGCUUUGAGCUUAAAUAG